AUGGCGCUGGUGGGGAAAGUGGCGGCGGUGACAGCGGCCACCGAUGGCAUCGGGCUAGCGGUGGCAGCGGCGCUAGGCGGGGCCGGCGCCCACGUGGUGCUGAGCUCGCGCCGGGCGGAUCACGUGGAGGCAGCGCUGGCGCGUCUGCGGGCGCUGGGGCUGGAGCACGUGACCGGCUGUGUGUGUCACGUGGGGCGGCCCCAGGACCGGCAGGCGCUGGUGCAGAAGGCUCUGGACACUUAUGGGGGCAUCGACAUCCUGGUGUCCAACGCGGCCACGAACCCCAUCAUGGGCAGCACCCUGGAGGCUGAGGAGGAGGCGUGGGAUAAGAUCUUCCAGGUGAACGUGACCGCAGCAGCCAUGUUGAUCCGCCUCGUGGUGCCCCACAUGGAGAAAAGGGGGGGAGGCUCCAUUGUGGUGGUGUCCUCGCUGGCCGGGUACAUGCCCUUCCCGGCGCUUGGGCCCUAUAGCGUGAGCAAGGCGGCGCUGCUGGGGCUGGUGAAGGCGCUGGGCCCGGAGCUGCGGCCCCACGGCAUCCGCAUCAAUGGGGUGGCCCCAGGGCUGAUCCGCACCCGCUUCAGCAGGGCCCUCUGGGAGGACGAGUCCAUGCAGAAGCGCGUGAUGGAAGCCAUGGGCAUCGACAGGCUGGGCUCCCCGGAGGACGUGGCCGGGAUCGUGACCUUCCUGUGUUCUCCCGCCGCCGCUUACAUCACCGGGGAGACCGUGGUGGUGGCGGGCGGCGCGGCCUCCCGCCUCUAAGGGGCGCUGCAGGGC